ACCUCGGUGAGCUCCUACGAGGGGUCCUACGGCCGCUUUCUUCGCCAGCUAUCAACUUCACAGAUUUAACUAAGAAAUACCAUUAGAGUUACCAGAGUUGGUGGACAAAGUCUGAGAAAGCAGUGGCGGUGCCUAUGAUUCCCUGCGGCUCAAUAGGGGGCAAAGCUUUGGAAACCCGACAGAUCAAAACAUCUGCUUAAGAUGCGGAAACCGGAGGAGAAAGAAGUCAGCGCCGCAGCCGGUGGAGGCAGAAGACUAAAGUCGACCGGUGCCAUGGACUCCAAGGUGUACAAGUCCAAUCCAAACCCAAAGGCUACGGCUAACCCCAUCUCAAAGCUCUUCGUCUGGUGGAUGCGAAGGACCGUAUGGAAACAAACCCUGACAGAAGACGACCUCUUCGACAGGCUUGACAGCGAUGCCACAGAAGAACUGGCCGACAGACUGCAAAAGUCCUGGGACGAGGAACUUACCAGAGCGAAGCAGAAGCACUCCAAACCCAGCUUCGCAAUGGCGAUUUUCCGAACGUUCUGGCUACGCUACUUCAUCUACGGUGUAUUUGAAUUGUUUGAUCAGCUAAUACUCAGAGUUGCUCAACCGCUACUUCUGGGUUUCACUAUCCAGUACUUCAACCCAGGCAGCACUAUCACAGAGGAACAAGCCUACAUCUACGCCAGCCUGAUGGUGCUCAUCAACUUCUUGAAGUUGUUCUGCCACCACCACUACACUAUGCUGACCACAUACGUUGGCAUGAGGGUCAGGGUGGCCUGUUGCGCUCUUCUGUACAGGAAGGUGCUCCGCAUCAACAAGCAGUCAAUGGACGUGACAGCGACGGGGCAGGUAAUCAACCUCAUGUCCAACGACGUGGCCCGCUUCGACGUGGCGUCUCUGUACGCCAACUGGCUGUGGAUGGCGUUUCUGCAGCUGGCGCUGAUCACCUAUUUCCUCUACCGUUCCGUAUCCUGGGCGGCAUUCGCGGGCGUCGUCUAUGUUAUCAUCAUGACUGUUCCUCCACAAACGUACAUGGGUCGACUCUCGGCACGUUUCCGGAAGCGCGUCGCCGUCAGGACCGACGAGAGGAUGAGGAUGAUGAACGAGCUGGUGCAGGGGAUACAGGUGGUCAAGAUGUACGCCUGGGAGAGGCCUUUCGACAAGCUCGUCGCAUUGGCCAGAAAAUCGGAAAUCCAUAAGCUGCUUCACGCAGCCUAUCUGAAGAGUUUCCUGCUGGCGUCUGCUGUCUUCAUUGAGAGGUCUUCUCUGCUGGUCACACUCUUGGCCUACUUCCUAAUGGGUUAUAUCGCCGGUCCUGACCAGAUAUUCUCAAUGUCUCAGUACUACAACGUGCUCAACGUAGCACUGGCCAUCAUGUUCCCUAUGGGUAUAGCAGCUAUACAGGAAGCUCGUGUCUCCGUCCAUCGUAUACAGGAGUUUCUCCUUAAGCCAGAGGCAACUGUAGAGGACAGAAACGUGGGAGCAACUACAGGGGAAGUAUCCCUUCAGCACAUCUCAGCCACAUGGGAUGGCCUCAAUCCAUCUCUUUCCUCGAUAAACCUCCAUGUUUCACCCGGAAAGCUAUGUGCCAUUGUAGGACCUGUCGGGUGCGGAAAGAGCUCCCUGUUGUACCUGCUGAUAAACGAGUUGACUCCGACGUGUGGUAAACUGAAGAUUGGUGGGAAGGUGUCCUACGCGAGCCAGGAGCCGUGGAUAUUCGUGGGUACCGUGCGGCAGAACAUCCUGUUCGGACAGCCGUACGACAGGAAGAAGUACAAGCGGGUGGUGGAGGUGUGCGCCCUGUCCAAGGACUUCGAGCUGCUGCCGUUCGGAGACCAGACGCUGGUGGGAGAGAAGGGCAUCACGCUCAGUGGCGGGCAGAGGGCCAGGGUCAACCUCGCCAGGGCUGUGUAUAGAGAGGCGGACGUGUACCUGCUGGACGACCCCUUGUCUGCUGUUGACACCCACGUCGGCAAACAUCUUUUCGACGAAUGCAUUAACUCCUAUCUGAGUGGAAAGACAAGAAUUUUGGUCACACAUCAACUCCAAUACCUCCAGGGUGCCGAUAGUAUUAUGAUACUAAACAAGGGGAACGUAGAGUGCCAGGGAACGUUCGAGGAGAUUCUUCGGAGCGGUGUCAGCUUUUCCAAACUGGUGUCUAGUGCGGAAGAAGAGACCGAGACUGAAGAUUUCGGCAUCAAGCGAUCAAUAAGCAGGAGAAAAUCAAUGCAGGACGAACAGAGCAAAUUAAGACGAUCAAUACGCAUCGGAUCUCAAAGGGCCAACGUGAAUGUCCUGCAGAGGCAGAUAUCAACGCUUUCGGAAGUGAGCCUGAUUAUGGAUGAAACUGGGAAAAUCCACAAAGAUCCAGCGGAACAAGACAAUAGUGAAAAAAUGAUGGGCGAAAAGUUUCAAUGGCAAACGGUGUCCCAGUACUUCCGUUCUGCUGGCGGGCUAUGCCUGUUGUUUUCUGUCGCUUCCAUGAUAGUCAUCGCACAAAUUAUAACCAGCGGUUCUGACUAUGUGGUGACGUAUUGGUCUAACACGGAGGUACUGAGGACAUCCCUGCAGAUGCAACUGGAGGCGGCCGGUGGCAGCAACCAGACGUUGUCAGAGGAGUUGGAGUCCCUUCCACCCAGCGAGUUCUUCCUGGAGCUCUAUGGAGGCCUCGUAGUCGGCUGCAUCCUGCUCACUCAAAUACGAUCCGUAGCUUUCUUCAACAUGUGCAUGCGGGCUUCUCGAAAUCUGCACAACAAGAUGUUCAGCUGCAUACUGAGAGCCCCCAUGCGCUUUUUCGACACGAACCCAUCUGGACGCAUACUCAACAGGUUCUCGAAGGAUAUGGGAUCAACCGACGAGUUGCUACCACAGUUUACAAUAAUGAUGAUUCAGAUUUACCUGGUGCUUUGUGGAAUUUUGGCUAUGGUUCUCGUUGUGAACUACAUUCUCAUUGUUCCCAUGGUCAUUGUCGGAGCUUUAUUCGUUUACGUGGCUAGACUUUUUAUGACUACUGGGAGAAAUGUUAAAAGGCUGGAAGGCAUUCGGCGAAGUCCCGUGUUUUCUCAUCUUUCCGACACCCUUAACGGGUUGUCAACAAUAAGAGCUUCAGGCAUCCAGGACAUCGUCAUGAAGGAAUUUGACAGUCACCAGGAUCGUCAUACGUCGGUUUGGUUCCUGUACGUUACCAACGGAUCAGCUCUCGGCAUAUGGCUGGAUUUCCUGAGCAGCAUUUUCGUUGCCAUCGUCACGUACAGUUUCCUUGUUCUGUCUGGAGGUUCAUUUGGUGGUUCUGGUGUGGGCUUGGCUAUUUCACAGUCACUUAUUCUGACUGGUAUGCUUCAGUAUGGCAUUAUGCAAAUGACAGAAGUUGUCAGUCAAAUGACAUCAGUGGAGAGGGUCCUUGACUACACCAAGAUCCCAUCUGAAGCUGCUUUGGAUUCUGCUCCAGAUAAGAAGCCACCAGCAUCAUGGCCACAGCGAGGACAGGUUACCUUCCAGAAGAUGUAUCUCAAAUACAGCCCUGAAGAUCCUCCAGUCCUCAAGAACCUUAAUUUUACUGUACAAGCCACGCACAAGGUUGGCAUAGUCGGUCGCACAGGCGCAGGGAAGUCAUCACUUAUUUCCGCUCUCUUCCGGCUGGCACCUAUAGAGGGAGCCAUUCUGAUUGAUGAUGUGGACACCAGCACCCUGGGACUCCAUGACUUGCGGAAACACAUUUCCAUUAUCCCACAGGAACCUGUGCUCUUCUCAGAGACUCUCCGCUUCAACCUGGACCCGUUUUCAGAGUUUGAUGACGCACAACUCUGGGAUGUACUUGAAGAGGUGAAGCUCAAGUCAAGUAUACAGACACUGGACUUCCAGGUGACGGAAGGUGGCAGUAACUUCAGUGUGGGCCAGAGGCAGCUGGUGUGUCUGGCGAGAGCCAUACUUAGGAAUAAUAGGAUCCUGGUGCUUGAUGAAGCCACUGCCAACGUUGAUCCAGAGACAGAUGCUCUCAUUCAGGCCACAAUUCGCAGAAAAUUUAAACACUGCACGGUCCUGACCAUAGCUCACAGACUUAACACGAUUAUGGAUUCAGAUAAAGUUCUCGUAAUGGAUGCUGGAACGAUGGUUGAAUAUGACCAUCCACAUAUACUUUUGAGAAAUCCAACUGGCUUCCUGUCAAAACUUGUACAAGAAACAGGAAAUGCCAUGGCUGAACAGUUAAGAAAUGUCGCAAAGCAGAGCUACAGUGAAUUACAUGGACUGCAAGAAGGUCUCGUGGAAGGGCAAACAACAAAGUUGUGAAUUACCAUUGAAGCAAGAGUGUGCCUUAAUUACUGUACCAUGAUUAAGAGCAGCUGUUAAAGAGUGGAUCAAAGCCAGUGGACUCAGAUACUUUUGGAGAUCUUAGAAAGAAUUGCUACUACUAAGGUCAUCAAAGAUGCUACAGCAGAUUGUAUAAAUGACAGAUGUGUUAUUUCAAUAAGCAGCUAGUAGCACCAAUGUAAUUUUCAGUGUGGAUUUGAUAUGAAUAAAUUCAAAAUAUUGUUUGACAAAUAAAA